CUGUCGAACACUGGAACAUCUAUUAAGUGUACUUCAGAUUCCAAAACCACCUAUCAAUUGUCGAACAUCCCGGACUCGUGGCAGACAACCUACGUAUCGAAGCAGGAAUGGAAGGUCUGGCCAUCCCCAAGAGCAACAAGCGAAAACGACGGGUUCUAAGCUGUCUUCCCUGCCGCGAACACAAACUCAAAUGUGACCACAAAGCACCUUGCUCUGCAUGCACUCGCUACGACCGAGAGGCUCGGUGUUGCCAAUAUCCGUCCUCCUUGAUCAAGUCAGCAAGCCAAAGUCAUGGCAUUCUAUGUUCCAAAAGUAGGGAAAGUGGUGUCUCUAGUCUCGAUCCAGAAGCAACGAUUCAGCGCGCACGAAGUUCACUUCCAACUGAUUUUCCCCAGUGGGGCUCUUGGGAUUUCCCAUUCGACUCUGUCGAUACUAUCUCGCUGCGGCAGAAGACCGUAGCCUCAGUUGUAACAGGGAGAAUCCCUAUCGUCGCAACGACCGACGAUAAACGAGACUAUUGGCGCUUAAGACUUGCAGAAAACCUGCCGGAGCAACAAUUAUGCAAUAUUCUUGUGGAUUACUUCUUCGUCAAUCUGAAUUGGAUAUAUCAUGCUACGCAUGUUCCGUCAUUCAGAGAAGAGUACUCGGCCUUUUGGUCCCAGCGCACCUGCGAUAUCGAUCUUCACUGGCUUGCGUUGCUGUUCAGCCUCGUCUGUUCGGCUGCAAUCGUCCUACCCACGGAUCUCUGCGAACAGAUCGGCGUCAACCGCGAAGACGUUCGACGAGGCGCUCACGCCUGGUAUUCGGCAUCUCGUCAAGCACUAGCUGCGCAUAAUUGGGAGGCACAUCCGUCAUUUCUUGCUCUGCAGACCGUGAUCAAUCUACAACACUACCUUUAUGCCACGAAGAAGACGGAGAUUGUGUAUUCGUAAGCAGCGCCAAUGUCGCCCUCAAUCCGCGGCAAGAGCCACGCCUUGCUGACAGAUCCAGUCUAUUGGCUUGUUCCAUCAGAGGUGCUCAGGCGAUAGGUCUUGAUCGACCAUCUCAGAAGACGAAUUGUAUCGAAAGAGAGAUGCACCACCGUAUUUGGUGGGAAAUCUGCCAUUCAGACACGUAUCAGUCGAUCUCCCUGCAGA